AUUUGGAAAAUGAAUUAGUGAAUAGAUUGAAAAAAAAGGAAUUUAAGGAAUCAUUAAAAAAUAACAAUUUGGACAACAAACUUGUUAAACACUUGCUUCGUGGAGUUUUUGAAGAGGUAGAAAAAAACGCUGAAUUUGAAGAAGAAGAAACUAAUUACCACAAAGAAAUCAUAACGGGGUUAACCGCUACCAUUCUAAUACUUACUUCCAACACAAUAUAUGUAGCUGGAAAAGGCGAAUAUAAAAUUGCAUUUCACAUCCUUGGAAGAGAUGGAGAAACCAAAAACUUCACUGAUUGUGGUCAAAACAUUUAUUUUAAGAGUUUUUCAAGCGAGGAAAUUAUUCUUAUUUUAUCAUCCAACAUGUCUCUAG